CGAUGAAGACGAUGAAGACGUCCGUCUGGUCUUCUGUCAGAGUCACACUGAGAACUCUGUCUGCUCCACUUCUCUCUCCCACAGUGACGAGACGAACCGAACACCAGACCCAGAAGAAUUUGUGUAAUGUCUCGAGUCUCCGCUGGAGGGCGACAAAGACCAUAGUUAAGAACAUGGAUUUUAUCGACUUCAAGAUGAUGAUUUUUUUUGGGGGACUAGUGCGCGUUCCCACGGGCACACGCGCAUCCCCGCGGGCGGAGCAAAGUCUGAGAGAGAGCGAGAGAGAGAGAGAGAGAGAGAGAGAGAGAGCAGCGACGUGGACAGAGGGACUGAACGGAACUCUGAAGAACCGACCAAGUUCUCCUCCCACGUGUCUGGAGAGAAACAUGAGGCGUACAAGUCUGCUGCUGGUGUUUGGAUUCAUCCUGACCUUCACCCAGGCUCAGGUGGACACCGGGGCGGAGGAGGAGACGGGGGGUGAGGACGACCACGUGGAGCUCUUCACCACGCCCACCACCAAGAUGGGCGCCGCCACCUCCGACUUCGGCUACAACCUGUUCCGCGCCCUGGCGAGUCGUGAGGCUGCGACCAACGUCUUCCUCGCGCCCCUCAGUGUGUCUGCGGCUCUGACUCAGUUGUCCAUGGGGGGGUCGGAGCAGGCCGAGCGACAGCUGCACCGGGCCCUGAGGUACCACACCCUGCAGGACCCUCAGCUCCACAGGACCCUGAAGGACCUGCUGGCCUCGGUGAAGACGGCGGGGAAAGGACUGAGCCUGGCCGCACGCCUGUGUCUGACCCGACGAAUCCGUCUGAAGCAGGAGUUCUUUGACCUGGUGGAGCAGCAGUACGGCGUGCGUCCGAAGACGCUGCAGGGAGGAGCCAAGGACAUGAAGGAGGUCAAUGAUUGGGUGUCUCAGGAGACCAGCAACAAUGUUCAGCGCUUCCUGGCCAAGCCCCUCCCCCGCAACUCUUUCAUCCACACAGUGAGCGCCGCCCACUUCACAGGGAAGUGGACGACUCGCUUCGGCACUGAUGACCAGAUGAUGAACUUCCAGCUGGACGGUGGAACGCCUGUCCGUGUUCCCAUGAUGCAACAGGUCAACUACCCCAUGAAGUUAGGCGUGGACUCCGACCUGGGCUGCACCAUCGCUCAGAUCUCGAUGCAGGAUGACGUCAGCAUGUUCGUCUUCCUGCCCAACGACGUCACGUCCAACCUGACGCUGAUGGAGGACAGUCUCACGGCCGAGUUCGUCCAGGACCUGUCCAUGACCCUGCUUCCUGCCCAGGUGACCCUCACCCUGCCCAAGAUGAAGUUCAGCUACUCCACAGACCUGCAGCCGCUGCUGGGAGACCUGGGUCUCACUGAUUGGCUGGAGAACCCAGACUUGGAGAAGAUCUCGUCUCAGGUCACGAAGCUUAGCACUGUCAAUCACAAGGUUGUCAUGGAAACGGUGCCUGAAGGUAACCAGUACCCCAGCCCCAGCUCCACCCCCGGUCACCUGACCUACCGCGUGGACCGCCCUUUCAUCUACCUGAUCCGCGAUGACCCAUCGGGGGCGCUGCUCUUCAUCGGUAGAGUGGUCAACCCCAAAGACCUGAGGAUGUAACACACACACACACACACACACACACACACACACACAACACAAACGUCCAAUCAGUGAUGAGUUUUCCGAACGAUCGGGUACUGACUCAGGUCUUCGUUGGCUAACAGUCAAUAAAAGGCGGGAAAAUAUUUUUGUAAAAACGAUCGGCUAAAAUAACAAACUAAUUUAUCAGGUGUCGGCGUGGAGUGAAUAAAGAGUGUGGUGUGAACGCGCCACCUGCUGGUGCCACUUUGACAUGAUUUCUUUACUUUUCAUGUUGAAACUCGUUGACGUGAUCGCGUUGGCGCUCGACACCGACGCGUUGACCAAAUAAGAAAUAAAGAGAUGGAACAAAACCA